AUGGUCCAGCCGGUGGUGCUCUUGUCUGCGAUUUGUUUUAUUACCGUCGCCCUGGGAUCGGAGGAAUCUUGUUAUUUCACUGAAGAGAAGGAGGACGACUGCGCGGCGGUCUGUCAUCCGAUCGUGAAGCCCCUCCUGAGGUACUUUGAGAAGAUUCAGGCCAAAGAAUCCCAGUUCCAAAAGGACUACUCAGAGUUGCAGAAAAAGUAUUCAGAUUUGCAGGAAAGCCAUUCGGAAUUGCAGAGAAGAGAACUGGAACUUAUAUCACAGUUACAAAAGGAUAUAUCGGACUUGCAAAAGGAUAAAUCGGACUUGCAAAAUAGGGUGAUUGAAGUCGAAAAUCUACAAGCUCAAAUAGAUUCAAAAAAUGUGGAGAUCAAAUUACUAAAAGAUAAAAUUAGUGAAUUAAAUAAAACAAAUGAACUUGCUACAAAAAUACUUCGCGACGACAUUGCCAAAUUGGGCGAAAUAGUAAAGAAUAUAAAUUCGGAUAAUGGAGCAGCCAGUCCAUCACCAACCAGGACAGUCCAGCAACUACCUCCACCCUCCAAAGCUAUUCCAGAUCGGUGUCCGCAAAGCCAAAAUGAAACUUGGAUCCUCCAAGAAAUCCAAAUUCCAGGUUCCGAUCCGUUUAAAGUGGUCUGUUACUCAGAUGAGGAGAUUGGUUCUGGUUGGAUGAUUGUUUAUAACCAUUGGGGUGAAACAAAUUAUUUUAAUCGCACGUAUGAGGAAUUUGAAAGAGGAUUCGGAGAUGUCGGGACGCAUUUGACCGAUAAAUACUUUAUUGGACUCGAACGAUUGCACCUCCUGACAUCUAGAAACUCUCAUGAGUUGAAAAUAAAUCCUUACAAAUGCGACAGCUUUGUCGUUGGGAAUCGAAGCGAAAGCUACAUGGUGAAAGCUAACAAAGGGUGUACAGGACGCAAAUUGCCGAACCUUAGGCAAGUCAAGUUUUCCACCUGGGAUCGAGAUGAGGAUGGAGAUCCCGAUAGUAAUUUGGCAAAGAUAAGGAGCUAUGGCUGGUGGCACGAACCUCGCAUAAAACAUGGAAUUUUUGAGAUCUUUCAGAUCGCUGUCCAUGAAGCCAAGCCAGGAUCCUCCUAUACAUACAUCUGCCUAUACUACAACUGCCAUACCAUUACAGUGGUUUAUUACUCGAAUAAGGAGAUCCAGAGCUUUAACGCUCUUGACGAAUGGACAGAAACAUGA